AUAUCAUUGAGAAAUUUUCUAUCAAAUUUUCACAUUGGCACCAUAUAUCGAUUUUCCAUUAUUUUCAUCAUGAACACCAAAAAUCACCAGUGCUGGAGGCUUAUCGUGGUUGCAAUUGUCCCAAUUGUGCUGCUACCAAUUUUUUUAGCAAAUGAUUCACCGUUGACCAGAUGGCUGUAUGUCUUUUCGAUCAUGGCUGUUUUCUGGAUAACGGAAGCAAUACCUUUCGCUAUCACAUCUCUGAUGCCAAUUGGUCUGCUACCUAUGCUGGGAAUUACGAGCACUGCGGAUGUUUGUAAAUUCUAUGGACAUGAAACGGUCUUUACAUUUCUGGCAUCGCUUAUUAUCGCUUCGUCGGAAGAAGCGUUUAGUCUUCGUAAGCGGAUAGCUCUGAAAAUUUUAGCCAAUGUGAAAGGUUAUCAUCGAAGGCUGCAUUUUGUGAUGAUGGCAGCUACAAUGUUCAUUUCGAUGUGGAUGCUAAAUUUUUAUGUCGUGGCAAUAAUAUCUGAAGUUUGUAUGGCAAUAUUGGAACAAUUCGAAGUGCAAGGAGCGACAGAGCUAUAUAAAGCAAAACCAAUAAAAGAAGAAACUGGUACAUUGUCACGUCCAAGUAGUAUAACCAAGUGCUACUUGUUGGGAAUCUCUUAUGCUGCAACUUUAGGUGGAUGUGCAUCACUCCCGGGAACACCAACCAAUUUAGUGUUUAAAGGAAUAUUUGAAACGUAUUUCGGUUCUGAGCGGAAAAUCUAUUUUUUGAUAUUUUUCCUUUACUCUGGUCCGAUCGUUCUACUGAACACAUUCUUAACUUGGCUGUGGUUGCAAAUCGUAUUCAUGGGAUUGCUACGUCCGAAGAGUGACGACGCUGUCGCAUUGCUUGUGACCGAGGAGGUUGCAAUAGCGAUCAAAGAAAAAGUCGCUCAGAAGUACAUUGAAAUGGGUGCAUUUAAUGCUAAAGAGAUUCGAAUCGCUGUUAUUUUUGUAAUGUUCAACCUCGUACUGAUUUCUCGACCGUAUUGGGCAGUUGGGAAUGUCGAAAUUGAAAAUGCAACUCCAAUGAUUCUAUUUGUCAUUCUUAUCUUCAUCCUGCCUAGCAGAUGGAAUUGUUGCAAAUGUUGCAACAAGAGUUCGGAUGAUAAUCAUCAAGACACACCGUUCUUAGAAUGGACAUGUGUUCGACGCAAAGUACCUUGGGGACUAAUUUUCUUGUUAGGCGCAGGCGUAGCUCUGGCGAGUAGUUUAAAAGAAUUGCUUAUAAAUGACAAGAUUCACGAACUAAUCGGUCAAAACAUUCAACUGUCACCACUUGCCAUAUCAUUCAUCGUGUGCGUAAUUUGUCAGAUAUUUACUGAAUUCUUGUCGAACACAGCGGCAGCUAACAUAGUGAUGCCCAUUUUGGCAGCUUUUUGUAUGCAUAAGAAAUUUGAAGGUCAUGCUAUUGACGUGAUGUUCCCAGCAGCACUUUCCUUAAGCAUGGCUUUCCAUUCGUCCAUUGGCACUCCUGGAAAUGCUUACGUUGCCGAUUUAAUCAAUAUACCCGCAAAAGAACUAUUUUAUUGUGGUAUUGGACCGACAAUUAUUACACUUUUGACAUGUUGGAGUACUUUCCCCACAUAUGGAAAUUAUAUUUACGAACAAAUAAAAAUGCCGAAUGGUACCGCCACUUAA